UGACCGGGUAUUUGAAAUUGGGAUACUGGAUAUUUUUGGAUUUGAAGAAUUCCAAAAGAAUAGUUUUGAACAGCUGUGUGUCAACAUGACCAAUGAGAAGAUACACCAGUAUAUCAACGAAGCGCUUUUCCUACAAGAGCAAGCAGAAUGUGUACAAGAGGGAGUUGCCAUGGAAACAGUGUAUUCUCCUGGUAACCAUACUGCAGCCUUGAAUUUUUUCUUUCAGAAGCCGUCAGGCUUUUUGUCAAUGCUGGAUGAAGAAAGCCAAUCUAUUUGGUCAAUGGAACAGAGUCUUUCUAAACGCAUUCAAUCUUACCUGGAUACAUCGGACACAAAUGCAGUAUAUUCCUCCAGAAAAGACGGAAAUGGUAACCUUGCCCCAAAGGAUCAGAGCUCCACCUUCACUAUUAUGCAUUAUGCUGGGCGGGUUACUUAUGAAAUUGCUGGCUCAAUAGAAAAAAAUAAAGAUUCCCUUUCACAAAAUCUCCUAUUUGUAAUGAAAACCAGUGAAAAUGUAGUCAUCAAUCAGUUGUUCCAGUCCAAGCUGACUCAAACUGGAUCACUUGUUCCUCCAUAUCAUUUUCUUAAAAUCAAAGGGUGUAAAGCAGCUUUGCUUAGUAAAAAGUCAUCAGUGGCCUAUGCAAGUGGAGAAGCAAAGAAGUAUAUGGAGCUCAGCAAGCUGUUGAAGAAGAAAGGAACUUCCUCGUUUCUUCAGAGACUGGAACGAGGAGGCCCAACCACUGUGGCAGCACAGCUCAGGAAAUCACUCACAGAUAUUAUUGGGAAGCUGCAGAACUGUACACCACAUUCUAUUCAUUGUAUAAAACCUAAUAACUCUAAGUCACCAGAUACUUUUGACAAUUUUUAUGUAUCUGCUCAGCUGCAGUAUAUUGGUGUCCUAGAGAUGGUCAAAAUUAUACGACACGGAUAUCCAAUACGUCUCCCUUUCACGGACUUCUUGUCAAGAUAUAAAGAUUUGGCUGAUACAGCAGCAGGAGAGAAGAAGAAGUUGUCUGCCAAAGAGAGAUGUCGUCUUGUUCUUCAGCAGUGUAAAUUACAAGGCUGGCAGAUAGGAGUUCGAAAAGUGUUUCUUAAAUACUGGCAAGCUGACCAUCUCAACGAUUUGUGCCUUCAGCUUCAGAAGAAAAUUAUAACCUGCCAAAAAGUUGUAAGAGGAUUUCUAGCCCGUCAGCGUUUGCUACAGAAGAUGAGCAUCAAACAGCAAGAGGUCACCUCAGUCAAAAGCUUCCUGCAGAAUGCAGAGGAUAUGGGACUGAAAACAUAUGAUGCCUUGGUCAUUCAAAAUGCAUCUGACAUUGCUCGGGAAAACGACCGACUCCGCAGUGAAAUGAAUGCUGCUUAUCACAGGGAAAAGUUAGAGGCUAGAAACAUACCAGAAGAAGUCUCUAAAAGAGCUGAAGACAAGGGUGGGAAGGUCCCUGAGGACAGCUUUGUCGGCUGUCGAACGCCCAAGCACUUUCAUUCCAGCUCUGUCCCUGUCCCCAUGGUGGUGGACGGCUUGGUACAUUCUGCGACUGGAUCAUCCAUCAGAUCCCCCUCCCUGCACUCUGUGUUCAGCAUGGAUGAUGGCAAUAGCCUGCCAUCACCAAGGAAACAGCCUCCUCCCAAGCCGAAGAGGGACCCCAACACACGACUGAGUGCCUCGUAUGAGGCCGUUAGCGCUUGCUUGUCGGCAGCUUCUAAAGAAACCACGAAUGAAGUACUGACCCGUCCAAGGCCACACAGUGAUGACUAUAGUACAAUGAAAAAAAUUCCUCCCAGGAAACCAAAACGAAGUCCCAACACAAAACUUAGUGGCUCUUACGAAGAAAUACCUGGCCAAAAGCCUGGGGAAGUGAAACAAGCAAGCACAGUAACUAAACCAGGUGUCUAUGACACUGUGACUGUACAGAGAACAGCUUCUGCUGAUGGGCCGCAGCAUAGCACAUCAUUGACUCUUUGUAUGUCACAGGAAGAGGAGGAAAAUGAGCCUGUCUAUAUUGAAAUGGUAGGGAAUGCAAUGAGGAGCAGUUCUGCUGAAGCAGAAAGCCCAGAACAAGGAGAAGCUGUAUAUGAAGAAAUGAAGUAUUUUCUACCAGAAGAAGGAAGCAAUGGUAAUGGAGUAAUUCCAGUAGUGACUGGAUCUCCUCCACUGUUGUUUGAAAGCAAAAAAAAAGUUAAUAUUGAACUGGAUGGAAACAGUCAAGCAGCUUUCAACUAUAAAGACUCGUGUGACAUUCCAGCCCCUUUCCCAAACCUGCUCCCUCAUAGGCCACCACUUCUUGUAUUUCCUCCAACCCCUGUCACGUGUUCACCUGCUUCUGAUGAAUCACCUCUAACGCCGCUAGAAGUCAAAAAGCUUCCUGUCUUGGAAACCAACCUAAAAUACCCUGUGCAGUCCGAAGGCUCGAGUCCAUUAUCACCGCAGUACUCCAAAAACCAGAAAGGGGAGAAUGAAAGACCAGCAUCUCCUGGCUUGGUUGUGUUCAACGUUUCCAGCAAAGUGACUCCUCCUUCAACACCCCCUCCUCCACUCCCACCACCCCCUCCUCCUGUGCCACCUCCUAUUUCCUACCGGGCUUCCACACAUUUUGCAUUUCCUCCAGAGGCUUGUGCUAGUUUUCUGAUUAAUACAGGGAAAACAGGAACAAACUCAGAUCUGUCAAAAGUACCUCAGCGACCAAAUCCUGCUCAACUUGGAUGCUCAUCUUCUCCGUUCUCCAAACUGCCUUACUCCCCAAAGGUAGCAAGAGCAGAUCACAGGAAAUCAAACUCUAAUUCAUCAUCUUCAUUUCCAUAUAGCCCUACAAACUCAAGGUCAUUGACCAGUCCCCUCGAUGAGUUAACCAGCUUGUUCAACUCAGGACGGAGUGUGCUACGAAAAUCUGCAGCAGGAAGAAAGAUCAGGGAGCCAGAAGGUGUUGAAACUAAUCUCAACUUGAGAAGCAGGGAAGAUCCAAAUACAUCAGAUAUUGGAUCAGAAGCCCAGGAUAAAAAUGCAAACAACCAUGGAACUCAAUCAUCUAAUCAACUGUCCAGUUCUGUGACUGCUGAAAAUGGAAAUUCAGUGUCGAAUGGUUUACCAGAGGAAAAUGAAUAUUCAAGACUGUCGGCCAGCACUGCAGCAAGCUCAUCGACUCAAAGACAUAGGGAGAGCCACACUAGUCAGGUUAUUCAUCAGCUUAGACUUUCAGAGAAUGAGAGUGUGGCUCUGCAGGAGCUUCUAGAUUGGAGGAGAAAGCUGUGUGAAGAAAGAGGAGACUGGCAGCAAAUCUUGCACAACACUGAGCAAAGGAUCACAGCCCCACCUCCACCUCCUUGUAAAAAGCCAACACUGCUGAAGAAGGUAGAAGAUACCUCCUGCAACAGACUUUCUUCAGGCAUAUGGGAUACCACCAUGUGAUUUAGAUGUGUGUUUCUGCAGACUGUUAGGAAUGAAACCAUGUGAAGAUUUCAAUCUGCACAAUCAGCAAGUUUCCUUCCCUCCACAAAGUGUGCAGGGAUUUUUUACAAGCACUCAUUCAAGAGCACAGGAGGCAGGAACUAUGUAGAUCUGUUGUGUGUGCGUGUAUAUGUGUGUGCUUGUUCUUUUCAUAUAUAUAUGUAUAUAUACACACAUAUGUGUGUGCAUUUAUGAGUAUAUAUGUGUGUGUGUAUGUACAUUUAUAUAUAUGGAGACAAACUGCACUAUAAGUACUUAGUUUAAAAGUACAAAACCAUCACUUAAAGCUCUCCCAUGGACAUUGAGGAAACUCUAUGUUAAGCAAAUGAGGAUGGGCAGAGCUAACUGACAGGCAUUUUAGAGAGAUCAGGAAAGUCUGCGUGCACACUGUACAGCUGUUUUAUAUAGUACAAAAAGAUGAUGUUUCUUGUUCCUUAAUGGAUGGUUUUAUUAUAUUACAUGUAUACAUAUAUAUAUUUCUUUGUAGAUGUCUGUGUUUUAUUGGAGUUGCAAACCCAAUGAUUAUUUACAUGUUUAUUACUGGUGUUUUAUAACUUUAUGCAAUUGGUGCUGUUGUUCUUUCUUCAAAAUACAGGUAAUAAAUACAGUACUUGCAUUUUUUUCUCAUAGUUUAUCCUUAACAACAUACCAGUUUCAACUCUGUGUUCUUUUCCAGAACUGGCAGUGUUCUUUUUAAAAUCAAAUUGAGAUAUAUUUGCAAAGCUUCCAUUUGCAGAUGUGGUUUAAUGCUGUUUGUAGUCAUGAGUUAGAGAGCAUGACUUUCUUACAGUGGGCCUGUGUUUCUGAAUGUGUGAAUUGUGAAUUCUUUAGUUACAUUCCAAAUCUUAUUUCAUUCUGGGUUAUGUAGAAUAAUGAGGCACUCAUUUAGAUUAUAAGUAUGGUUUGAAAUUCAUACCUGAUUAUGCAUAAGGUCAGGUAUCAGUGGAAAGAUACAUAAUGGUAAUGAGGUAUGAAAGUAGGGCUGUGAUUUACCGUUAAAAGCCGGGAGGCUUUAUGGAGAUGAGUAUAUCAAAGGAUUAUGUCCUUAUAGUGGUACAGUGAUGCAUUUAUACCUCAAAUUUCAUGUAAUGAAAUGAUUUCAGAAAUGUGAGCAUUCUAGUUGGGGAACAUGAGUUCUGAGCAGUAAUAUUAAUAUACGAAAAGCAUGCUGCUGGAAAUUUGUUAGCUACUGCUCAGCAGUCUUUGAAAUACUGCUUUGCCAAUAAAAGGUGUAAUUUAUAUAUACACGAAGGUAUUUUGUCAGGGGGCACUUAUUUUAACUUCUUGGAGCAUGUAGAGCCAGUGUGAAGCGCUCUUCUUGGCUGUUUGCCCCAUUCCUAUUGGGAUCCAGGGAAAAGUGCUUGUAAUUUUGCAAGUGGAUAUAAAAGUGAUGUUUUAAAAUGUAAGCUAAAUUAAAAAAAUGAGCUCACCCUUGGUUAUAAGUUGUUGGGAGGGAAAAACAACCUACGUAGAGAUGUAGAUUUUUCUGUCGUAUUUGACAGAGGCUUCAAGCAAGCUGAGUAACACUAAGCAAUGAUAUGCCUGCUCUCUUGUUUGUUAGUUUGUUUGUUUUUACAGGGGAAACAGCAAAACUCAAACUGUCCCCCAGAGUCCCUGAAGAUCAUCAAGCUAGAGGCAGAACUCAGUGCCUUCUGCUGCUGAAGAUUAAAAUAGCCAUUCUGAGUGGACAAGGAAGGGGAGGCACCAGGUUAACUCUCUAUUUAGUUAUGUGUUGAUUGUUCUUUGAUACUUAGGGCAAAUAUCACCCAGCACAGCAUUUUACCUUGUUACCAAUAUUACCUUCCUAGCAGUCCUCUGUGUAAGAUUACCCAUUAUUUCAUGGAGAAGCAGGGAUUCUGGACUCUAAACCUUACCCUCAGCUGAUGUAAAUGGUCGCAGACCAUUACUUUCCCCGUAGGGGCAAAAGGCAACCAUGCGGGAAUGUAGAAAACACUUCACACUCCUGAAACAAUUAUGUCAGAACUAGGCUUAGACUGGCAGGAUUGAGGUGUCUGCCUUGCAGCUCAGCUAACUGGGGACACACAGAGAUCCCUGUUGUGAGAGUGAAAUGAACUGGCUCCAGAACUGGAUGCAAGAGAGCUAAUUAACCCGCCCUUGCCACUACGUUCCUUCUAGGAUGCAAGUUGCUGUCUCUGCGUGGCACAGCAGUGCUGUACGUAGCCAUAACAGCUUCUGCCCAACUAGCUCAGCCAUCCCAAACACCUGACUGCACUGAGCCAGGCAGACAUGCCCUCAGGCUUAUCACUCCUCAAACAGACCUGGCAAAUAGCCGUCUCAUAAGCGCUAUCCAUGUUGCUCCCUCUGAUGCUCACUAGCUGGCUGGGUGACUGGUAGCAAUCAAUUCACAGCAGCGUGGAGGUUUAGGGCAAGCUGUAAAACCUGUCUGAGAAGCCAGUUUAGACCACGUUGAGAUCCCUGCUGCUGCAAUUAGCCUGCUACCAGUCACCAAGCUAGCUAUUUGUAAGGUAAGCUUAUGUAUCUCUUGACUGUCAUUUCUGCGUCUGUAAUGCAGGAAUACCCAGAGGGUAGAGACUACGUUUGUCAAAUGGAGUUUGAAACGGGAUCGCGCACGUUAUACUCUUUGCAAUCCUUAGUAAAAGUUGUCUUAGAACUGUGAUCAGCCUCCGCUGCAGGGGCUGAAAUGGGGUUUAAGGAACCUUUUUGCUACUCUUUCAAAGUCUGUAUUGUAUCCUAGUGCAGCUACAUAAGCCAUGUGUGGAAAAGCAGGUACCUAGAUCUUCUACCAGUUUCAUCAAUACAGGUACACAGGAGAAGCCAGCACAAACCUGAUGCAGGCUAUCUGAUUCUCCAGACAAAGGGGAAAGUGCAUUAUUCCUCCCUUGGCAGAAGGCCUUUGUUGUAUUUUUUGGAAACUUGGGUAAGGCAUAUAUUUUAUGGGGCUCUUCCUUAGAGCACGUAACCACAGCACAAUACUACAAAGUAAAUAGGAGAGGAUAUGAGAUCUUUUUUUAAUUUUGUUUAUUCCAGGAUAUGCAAUGGCCAGCUUUUAGUUUGGAAGAGUUUUUCAGGAUAUUCGAUUAAAAUAUAAUACCAUAGGAAAAGUAUUUGUGUUAAAAGCAUGUAUUUCUCCAAUUGCAGUAAGACACUCCAGCGCGUGACUUAUGAUGUCAUAAUUCACACCUAGUGUGUUCAUUGGUCCCUUGGCCUUUGGCCUCAUGCCUAACAAUGCAGUUGGUAGGGAAUUAUUAUACCAUAAUUCACACCCUACUGUGUCUUAUUGCUUAAAUAACCAUACCCCCAGAGGUGUCUUAAAACUACCAUUAAAGUUUAUAUUGUGUAUCAAAAUGUGUUUACAGGGCUGGGAAAAUAUACUAUUGACAUUUUGAAAUGUUGAGAAGUAGUUUUAGUAGAACUGUACAGUGCUUGUAAAUUAAUCUCCCCAGAGGAGUAUGCACCAGCCAAUUACAGCAUUUCUUGAGUAUAUGAAGUUCUCUCUUGUACAUUAAAAAAUAGCCUAGACAAAAAAAAAAAAGCCUUAUGAAUUCAAUAUUCUAAAGGGAAAGAUUAAACUCUAUGAACAUGCUAAUGCUCUUAAUAUCCAAUGAACAAUCUAACGUAUAUUUGCAAUAAAGCAAUUUCAGGAAGCUGGGGUUAUCAUCAGAUAACCACACCUCCACAUUGUGCCUUAUUGCUUAAUUUUUCAUAUGUGAAACAAACACAACUUCUAACAAAUCAGCAUCUCCUUCAGUGUAAAGCAGUAAGAAUCAGAUAUGUUUUACACUUUAAGAAGUCAUUGGUCUUAAAUCCAAGGGAAUUCUAAAACCAUAUUAAAAAAAAAUCAUCUCUUGGAAUGAUGAAUUUUUAAAACCUGCAGAUCUCCUUGUUACUCCUGAAAUAGCACUUGGUGGUUUUUAGUUGCUGUAGUUACAAUCCUAUUGCAGAUUAAAAGCAAACCUUGCUUCUGCUUUUUAAAAUUGGAUUUAGAUGUUCAAAGAAAUACAUGCACCAAUAUUCUACAAAACAUCUGUGUACAGCAUGAAGAGAUAAGCCUUUUAAAACUUUGUAUUGUUUACAAAACAAUAGUAUGAUGGUUGAAUAAGUGAAUUAAAUUUCCCUUUUUUGCCAGUGAUCCUUUUUAUUCCCUCUAAAGGGUUGACUUAUGUUCAUUAAUAACAUUUUACAUUGCAGGUCCUUUGUGUGUGGGACAAAGAAUUUCAUUAACUUGCUAAGAAAGCAUAGUAGAUUAUAGCAUAGUUCUAAAGUGAUAGUAAUAGCCAUAAUCAUUGUAGUUUUUAAUUCUGCUCUAUACAGUAUUGAGAACCCUAGUAAUCACCUUAUUCUUAUCUUUAUAAAGCCUGCUAAUAUCUGAAAUGCUCUGAGAUUCCUAAAAUAAGUUUUGCCAUUCUCUUGUUAAAUAAUAAAUUUAUGUAAUUAAACUCUGUACAAGUCAGUUUUCCAGAACAGUAUUAAAAAUUUCAUGGCUUUGUACUCUAUAUAUACAAUUUUUUAAAAAGAAACAUCACCUGAGCAUAACUACUUAGCAGUAUUGGAACAAAA